UACACGGCACAGCUGUCUCCGGCCAGUCCGGUGUACAAACCCUGGCCCCGCCCUCCGCCUACGUCACCGGAGAGGGCGUGUAGACCGGCGGAAGCUGCACGUGUCCGACAUGUACAAGGAGUCGGGGUACUGGGAUACCCGCUAUGAGCGAGAGAGGGCGCUGCCUGAGGCUGGAGGACAUGAGUGGUUCGGUCCAUAUGAGGACUUCGCUCACCUAGUCAGGAGACAACUGAGGAGCGGCCUGCGAGCACUGGUGUUGGGAUGUGGGACCAGUUCACUGAGCGCUGAUCUGUAUGCAGAAGGUGUGAGCCCCAUUAUCAGUAUUGAUUACUCACCAAUUUGCAUAAAGGAAAUGACAGAGAGAAAUGCUGACAUUCCUGAAAUAAGCUGGAUGGUGAUGGAUGCUCGACAGCUUCAGUUUCCUGACGAAAGCUUUGACCUGGUUAUUGAGAAAGGAACUUUGGAUUCAAUGAUGGUGGAUGAGAAAGACCCUUGGAACAUUACCCCAGCAACUGUUAACUUGGUAGAUGAAGUGCUGAGUGAGGUUAGUCGGGUUCUCACCCCCAGUGGAUGCUUCAUCUCGGUCACAUUCUCCCCUCCUCAUUUUCGCACCCGACACUAUGCACAACUAAAAUAUGACUGGUCUGUGUCAUGUGACACCUAUGGAAGGGACUUCCAUUAUUUUCUGUACACUCUGCUGAAAGGAGGAAAGUUGACACCCUAUGAUAUUGAAAGAGGACAAAGUCUUCAUAAGCCACGUGUUAUCCCAAAAACAGUGCCAACAAUAUCUGCGUAUGACGAUGAGGACUUCUUAAGAAACAUCCAGAUAUGAAGGUGUAUGGCAGUUUCAGAUAGCUGGCAUUAAAUGUCCUUGUAUUAGGAAAGGAAACUGAACAGAGUUACUCUGAAUGCAAGAUUCUACAACAAUGUGCUUUUUAAUUCUAUAUUAGCAAAAAUAGUUACUAUACUACAAUAGUUCAAACUAUAGCGUGUCAUUAAAGAGAACACUGGGGCAAGACGUCAAUGAACUACUUGUUUUAUCAAGAAAAUGCUUGUUACUCUAUUCAAAAAAGAAAAUAUGGCUUAUACCUCUUUUAUCUGACUCUUCUACUGUAAUCAUAGCCUUAUGUAUCUCAGUGUUUUGGCAGCAAAUUUCAAUUUUGUUUUAGUCUUUUGACUAAAAUGGCAUUUUAGUUUUAG